UAUAAAAGUGACAAAUGAACAAACGGUUGAUGUUAAUUUCAUCAUCUUCACUCUCCACUCAUCAUCAUCUUCUUGACCUCCAAUUAGGUGCAGGUUUCUGCCAUUAAAACCACACACACUAUAAAGACAGAAACAGAUAUAUACACAUAUAUAUAGAGAGAGAGUAAAUAGAAACACUUAUAAGAGAAUUUGAGAGAUUCGAACACAGAUCUGAAACCAGAUCUGAACUCUCCAUAUGGCUAAUCGAUUUCACCUAGUGUUUCAAUUAUCGAUCUGCGUGUUUCUUCACUUAUUCAUCCAUGGAUACUCGUUCUACCUCCCUGGUGUCGCUCCACAGGAUUUCUUCAAGGGAGAUAAGCUGAGGGUAAAAGUAAACAAAUUGGCUUCCACAAAAACCCAGCUCCCGUAUUCGUACUACUCCAUUCCUUAUUGUCGGCCCGAUAAAAUCGUCGACAGUGCUGAAAAUCUCGGUGAAGUUCUUCGUGGUGAUCGUAUCGAAAACUCUCCCUAUGAGUUUCAAAUGCUAGUGCCACAAAUGUGCAAUGUUGUAUGUCGCUUGGUAUUGGAUGAGAAAACAGCCAAAGAAUUUAAGGAGAAGAUAGAUGAUGAGUAUAGAGUUAACAUGAUAUUGGACAAUCUACCUUUGGUUGUUCCCAUGACAAGGAUGGAAAAGGAUGCACCCGUUAUAUAUCAGCACGGAUAUUUUGUUGGCCGUAAAGUACAAUAUGCAGGAACAAAGGAAGAAAAAUAUUUUAUCAACAAUCAUUUGUCAUUCACGGUCAAGUUUCACAGGGACACUCAAACCGACUCUGCAAGAAUUGUAGGAUUCGAAGUUAGUGCUUUCAGUGUUAAUCAUCAAUAUGACGGCAAAUGGACCGACAAGACCCGUUUAACGACCUGUGAUGCUCAUGCAAAACGGAUGGUCUCAGCCUCUGAUCCAGCGCAAGAAGUUGAAAAUAAGAAGGAAAUCAUCUUCACUUACGAUGUUGAUUUCCAGGAGAGUGAUAUUAAGUGGGCGUCCAGAUGGGACACGUAUCUUCUAAUGGCAGAUGAUCAAGUUCACUGGUUUUCAAUCGUCAACUCACUGAUGAUCGUUCUUUUCUUAUCGGGUAUGGUAGCUAUGAUCAUGUUACGAACACUUUACCGUGACAUUUCCAAAUACAACCAACUCGAAACCCAAGAAGAAGCUCAAGAAGAAACGGGCUGGAAGCUCGUUCACGGCGACGUUUUCCGCCCUCCAGUUAACGCAGAUCUACUAUGCGUUUAUGUCGGAACCGGUGUUCAAUUCUUUGGUAUGAUAUUAAUCGCCAUGAUUUUCGCCGUACUCGGGUUUCUCUCCCCAUCGAACCGCGGCGGGCUCAUGACAGCGUUACUUCUACUCUGGGUUCUCAUGGGUAUCUUCGGCGGGUACGCAUCGGCUCGACUCUACAAAGCGUUUAAAGGAACCGAAUGGAAAUCGAUCGCUCUCAAAACCGCUUUCAUGUUCCCGGGAAUCGCGUUUGCGGUUUUCUUCGUACUCAAUGCGCUAAUCUGGGGCGAGAAAUCAUCUGGAGCGGUCCCGUUUGGUACCAUGUUUGCUUUAGUGUGCUUAUGGUUCGGGAUUUCGGUCCCACUCGUUUUUGUUGGAAGUUAUAUCGGGUUUAAAAAGCCCGCAAUUGAAGACCCGGUGAAAACGAACAAGAUCCCGAGACAAAUACCCGAACAACCUUGGUACAUGAGCUCAGCUUUCUCUAUUCUGAUCGGUGGAAUACUUCCGUUCGGUGCGGUGUUUAUCGAGCUUUUCUUUAUAUUAACAUCGAUCUGGUUACAACAGUUUUACUACAUCUUCGGCUUCCUUUUUAUCGUGUUUGUGAUCUUAAUCGUGACAUGUGCGGAAAUCACAAUCGUGUUAUGCUACUUCCAGUUGUGCAGCGAGGACUAUCUAUGGUGGUGGAGAUCCUAUCUAACCUCAGGUUCAUCGGCUUUAUACCUGUUUCUAUACACGAUUUUCUACUUCUUCACAAAGCUUAACAUCACUAAGCCGGUUUCGGGUAUUUUGUACUUUGGGUAUAUGUUGAUUGCGUCGUAUGCUUUCUUCGUGCUCACUGGCGCGAUUGGUUUCUACGCGUGCUUCUGGUUCACGAGGCUUAUUUACUCUUCGGUGAAGAUUGAUUGAUGUUUUAUAGGGAUGUUAUUGAUGUUUAGUUAUACAAAUUGUUUCCCGAAUCGGGCUUUUUUGCUACUCGAAUUUCGAUUAAUUUUUUUUUUAAUUGUUUCUCAGUUUCUGCAUGAUUUGUGUGUAGAGAUUUAAGUGAUUCUCUCAGGUUUUUGUGUUUGAAGUUAAUUGUAUUUGCAGAUUUUAAUCAUGUGUAGUUUAAUCAGUUUCUUGUUUGUU